AUGGAGCAGCUGGGCACAGCAGUGCGCCAGCAAGCCAUGCUUGCUCUCACGGCGAUGAGUGCCGUGGAGCCGGUUCUGGAGGGCAAAAAGAGCAUCCUCCUGCACACCUGCUUCAGGAGUGUCUUCUUGCUUCCCGCCGAAGAAGACAUGAAGAACCUGGACACCUGCCUCUAUUCCAAGGUCUGGCGCCCCUUUGGAGGAGUUGAGGAGAGCCCCAGCAGCUACGGAAGGGUCUCUGUGCCCAUACUGGGACAACUGGUGGGGCAUCUCAUACUUUGCUGUGCCUAUGAGAAUGCAGAGACCAGCCGUGGGGCUUUGGACGCUCUUCAUUGCCUCUUCAGAUUUGUGGUGCAACGAAAACGCAGCGAGCCGUUGCAGGAUAAUCAAGGGCAUGCGGAGAACCCAAAGGAGUGGGAAGCUGACAACGAGCUCUGCGUGUCAUGGACCAGCAACCUCAGUGUCAUCAUGAAUCCCUCCGAGGGGAUAGACGUCAUUGUCACAGCCAUCGAGGGCCUGAGGAACUGCAGCAACUACAGCACGGUGGUGGCUGCCCACAUGCUGAACAUGUUUGUGGUGGGUGCUGUCUCUUCACUGGAAGAUGUGCCACGGAUCAUGAGGUGCCUCUACAGGAGCCUGAGGUACGUCAGAGAGUUGUCGGCCCGGGCCACCCUGAACAACAUCCUUUGCCAGCUGUGCUGCUCGAACCCUGACGAGGUGACCAUGAGCCUGCUCUACUGCUCCCCGCUCUGCAACAGCAUCGCCACAACCAUGUGGAAGGUGCUGCUGGAUAAGCCCGCAGUUGCAAAAGACGUGCUGCAGGAGCUGCUGAGCUUUGUGGAGCAACGGCCACUGCGCAAGCAGUCCACCUGCGAGAGGGACAACAGCGGCAUCCUUCCCCUGGCUGCAACAAGAGCACUGCACGUGAUCGUCCAGGAGCCCGACGACCCACAGGUGUUGAAGGCCUUCUUCCCCCAGCUCUUCCUGGCGCUGCUCUUUCAGAUAGUCUUCACAGCAGGGUUCACCCGCCAGGAAGCAAACAUCUUCCUGAGGGAAUGCCAGCGGGAUGGGUCCCAUGCCCCAGCCACGUGUGCCAUGGAGGCCAUGAAGGGUCUCUUCCACUGCGCUGGCUAUCGGCACGUAGCCCUGGCUGUGGAGAAGAAUGGUGGCUGGGAGCUGUUUCUGCAUGCAGAGACAUCUCAGAAGGGAGUGUCUGUGCUGGCCAGAGCCAUGAGGAGAGCUCCGAGACACCUGUGUCGCUGGAUCUUCCACCAGCUGGCAAGGCUGCUGAGCGGGGAGGACCAGUUUCGCCAGAGGCCCGCCAUGGCUUUCUUUGUGGAGCUGCUGGACGGCCUUGACCUUGCCGAGAUGGACGAUGCCGCGCUGCCACUCCUCUGGCGCUACAUGCAGACUGAGGGCCUGGAGCUUCGCAGACUGGCAUUCAGAGGCCUGCUGAGCCUGCUGAAGAGGCCCGAGAUGGCAAGGAAAAUGCAGAGCCUGCUCCCAGACAUGGUGGAGUGGCUGCAGGAUGCCCGCAGGGACGUGCGUGCAGGAAGCUUGCUGUUGCUGAGAAACAUCCUCAGCUACCUGGACCAGAAGAGCUCCAACCCCAUCGCUGUGCAGCUGGCGGAGAGGCUUCUGCCACGCUUUGACGACGCCGCUCAGAAAGCCCUUGUCAGCGCUGCACAGCUCCUCAAGUGGGAGGAGCUCAAGCAACUGGCCAGGACAGGGGAGAUAUGGAAGAUUGGGGAGUACCUGCCCCUGGAAGCUGAUGCUGAACCCUCCGUCCGUUGCCUGGUGACACACAGCGUGCUGAACCUGAGAACUGCCCGGGAGCGGUCGCCACCAAGGGCGCUGACGAUGUCUUGUGCCUGGGAGAGAAGGUCCAAGCACUGCUCAGAACUCGGGGAAGUAGCUGCUUACAUCCCCGACCUCAUUUUAUCUGAGGACUUGAGGCACGAAGCCCGUUGCGUUCAGAAUUUUCAUGGAGUACUGCUCUUUGCGGACGUCUCAGGUUUCACUGCUCUGACAGAGAAGUUUAGCCAGAGCGUCAGCCUCGAGCGGGGUGCGGACGAGCUAACGCAAACGCUCAAUGACUACAUGGGCGACAUUGUGGAGGAGCUGCUGGGCUUUGGAGGAGACAUCUUGAAGUUUGCAGGGGAUGCUGUACUGGUGCUGUGGAGAGUGAGGGAAACACAGCUGAGAGACACCAUCAGCCUGGUGCUGCAGUGCUGCCGGCAAAUCCAGGAGAAGUACAGCGUCCGUGACACAGACGUGGGCCUGAAGCUCCGACUGAAGAUAGGGAUCUCUGCAGGGCACAUGUCGCUGCUGACUGUGGGAGACCGCAAGGAGCAGCACUUCCUGAUCCUUGGAAAGGCUGUGGGUGAGGUCUGGCAGGCGCAAAACCUUGCAAGUGCAAGUGAUAUUAUCCUGUCAGCCAGCAGCUGGGAGCUCUGUAACCAGAGCCAGGUGAAGAGCAAGAGAGUGAAAGGCCAAGGAGCUGUGAAGGUUACAGGCGUGCAGCGGAUGUCUGUGUCGGAGCGCGAAGACCUUUUCUCCAAGUUCACGCGAGCCCAGCUGAACUGCCGUUCUCCUGAAAUGCCAGGCGUCCUGAGGCCUGCAGUUACCUUGGCCCCUCAUCGUGCUCAGGGGAAGGUGCUGAGGAAGUACAUCCCAGCCAGUGUCCUGCACAAGAUUGACGACAGACAGCCCCUGGCGUGCCUAUCCGAGCUGCGGCCGGUCACCUGCCUCUUUGUGAAGCUGCAGUUUGCUGCCAAGGUCAACCUAACGCAAAUCUGCAAGGCUAUCCAGGACAGCAGCGUGCUGAUUUCAGAGAUCCUCCGUCCUCACAAGGGCGAAAUCAACAAAAUCUCCGUGUUUGAUAAGGGCUGCACGCUGCUGUGUGUGUUUGGCCUCCCUGGAGGAAAGCUGCCCUGCGAGAGCGUUUGCGCCCUGGAAAGCGCGAUUAAAAUCUCCACCGCCUGCUCCAGGAGGCUGGGGAAAAUCGAGGCAGUGUCCGUGGGGGUCACCAGCGGGACGGCGUUCUGCGGAGUCGUCGGCCACCGCGUCAGGCACGAGUACACAGUCAUGGGCCAGAAGGUGAACCUGGCUGCCCGGCUGAUGGAGCACUACCCGGGGCUGGUGUCCUGCGAUGCGGCGACCUACGCAGCGUCCCGGCUGCCCCGGUCCUACUUCAAGGAGCUGCCGAAGGCCCAGAUGAAGGGGGUUGGCGAUCCUGGCACUGUCUAUCAGUACCUGGGGAUGUCGCAGAAGCUCAUGUUUGGCCUGGGUCUUAUGGAGGAGAGGUCAGAGUACGGCCCCUUGCUCGGUCGCGAGGAGGAGAUUGCCCUCUUUGAAAGUGCCUUGAAAACCUACAGGACUUGUCGUGAAAGCAGCAUCCUAGCGUUUGAGGGUGCGCUUGGCUCUGGAAAGAGCCAUUUACUCACUGAGCUGGCAUCUUUGGGCCAGGCUGCUGGCCACAGGGUAGUGGCCGUGGAACUGACAGAGCUAAACCUGAAGCAGGUCUACUCUGCCCUCCGUAUGGUGCUGGCCAUGGCCCUGGGCCUGCAGGCAUGUCAAUCGUGCAGUGCCAGACAGCUUGUGCUGCAGACAAAGCUCCAAGGGCUGAUGGCAGAGAGCAGCUACUGCCUCCUCAACGACGUCUUCCUCGUUAAGUUUCCCCUCUCGAUGGCAGUUUCCCAGAUGAGUGGCACUCAAAGGCAAAUGGAGCUGGAGUUGGUUUUGAAGAAAGUGCUCCAGAAGACUGUUGAAGAAGAUGGCGUUGUAUUUGUCAUCAACAACGCCCACUGCAUCGACUCUCCCUCCUGGAGUCUUAUGCGGAGCGUGCUCAGGGAUGUCUCGAUCUUCGUGGUGAUGAGCUUCACUGCCAGUCACUGUAGAAGACAGAGGCUUUGCCAAGCUGCCGUAGACAUCCUGAAGUUGCCGAAAACCAGUUGUGUUCGUCUGGGAGAGCUGAAGCCUUCCGCUGUAGUGCAGAAAGCCUGCCAGGCGCUUGGAGUUGUCAGCCUGCCCCAGGAUCUAGAGACGUUGCUGACGCAAAGAAGCUACGGCAUCCCCUAUUACUGUGAGGAACUGCUGCGCUACCUUCUUGGCCACGACAUGCUCUUGUUCCACCCACUGGGGAAGGAUGAGAAACGAGAGGACAAGUGGGAGAGCCUCUUCACUUCUGUAACGGAGGCUUCAACCAUCGCAGCAGCACGGAGCUCCAGCGCGGGGAAGGACCGCAGGGUGUGCACCAUGAGGCCGGAUGUGACCCUGCAGAACACUGUACUUCCCCCUGCAUUGAAAGGGAUUGCGCUGGCUCAGCUGGACAGCAUGAAGCCCUCGGAGCAGAUGGUUCUGAAGUAUGCAGCCAUCCUAGGGCCGCUGUUUAGCACGGAGCUGCUGUUCCACAUCCUUCCCGGGUGGAGCAGGGCCAAGCUGAACAAGGCGCUGAAUGCCCUGGUGAGAUGCAACAUCCUCAAGUGGCUGAAUGCUGCCAAGGGGGCAGAAGAGAGCAGUGUUCCCACCGAGGGGUCAGGCACCUCUCUGGAGGAGGAGAGCGAUGCCCAGAAGUCAUCCGUGGAGGAGAGCAAGCAGAGGGCGAGGCUGGAGUCUGGCGUGCUGGCCUUUUGCGCCCCGCUGCUGCAGGAGGCUGCCUACGAGCUGUGGCCGAAGGGACAGAGGGUGGCCCUGCACCACAAGUGUGCGGCCUUCCUGGAGAGGCACGCGCACAAGUGCCAGUGCUGCGGGGGAGGCGACUUUGUUGCCUUCCACCGCUUGGCCCUGGGCAGCACGCAGGAGGCCGAGAGCGGAGAAGAGCAUGGCAGCGACUGCUACUGGCGCAGCUGGGAGGCCUCCCUAGCGACCAGCGAGGAGAUGAAGUCGGACGAGCUCCCCGCCUCUACGGAUGCUUCAAGUGGUGUACCAAAAGAGAAGAGCUGCUUGGAGGAGAUUUUUCGAGCGGCAAAGCGGUUUCUGGCUAAGACCGAAUGGAUGCCCAAGGUGCCCAGCAAGACCCACUGGACGCAGGGUGUGGAGUGUUCCUGCAGCUGCAAGGCCAUUGUGGACUUGGUGCUUGUGCCCUUGGCUCAGCACUACAUGGCAGUGGGCAAUGACGCCAGAGCCUUUUAUUAUCUGCUGGAGGGUGCGGCUGCCUACUUGCACGUCUCCGACAACUACCUGGCCUUCCGGAACCUGAAGAAGGCAGAAGUGCUGAGGACCUUGGUGGCUAAGAAGGGAAACGCGCUUGCUUGCUUUGAAGAAGCCACUUUGCUGAGCCUCAAAGGAGAGGUCUGCUACCAUAUGGGACAAACGGAGCUGGCGAAGACAAUGAUCAGGAAGGCAUUGAGCCUGCUGAAGAGGAAAUUCCCCACGACCUCCACUGGCGCCGCCUUGCAGCUUGUGCUGGAGAAGUCAGAGCAUGCCUCCCACAAGAAGAACAGAGACUCCUCCGUUCCUCAGGAGGCAGGGAGGCAGAGGCUCCCCUGGCUGUUCCGGCAAAGCCACUGCCUGUCCUUGCUGCGGCAGCUCUUCAGCCUGGAGAGCGCCGCCGGCAGUCGGAGGCUCUCCCGCCUGGCAGCACUCAUGAAGGUGAACACGGCCGAGGAGUCCGAGGACGCGAGUCACGUCCUCUUGUCCUACCUGGAAUAUGCGCUGUGCUGCCAGAACCUGGGCUGCCGGGAAGAGUGGCUGCAAUACGGGCGGGCGGCCAUGCAGCUUAGCGCUGAGGUGCAGCUCUUUGGAGGAGGGGUAUUAAACACAGCCAGCUUUGCCCAGGCCCUGUCCCAUCUGACCCUCAGCCUGGGAAUCCUGCCUCUGUCAGUCGACGUAGGCUAUCGUGCUGAGAGGCUCUGCAUGGAGCUGCAGAAGCCUGACCUGGGCUGCGUGAUUCUCAGGACCCUCUUCACGGCACUCUUUCUCCAGAUGAGGUACCCGGAAUGUGAGGCAGUGCUGCGCAGGCUAGAGAAGCAGGUGUCUGGAGCAGAUGAGAUCGUUGGGCAGGCAUGCUUCUUCUCCUGCUGCUUAGACCUCUUGCUUGAUGCUGGGUGGCAGUAUAAGUCCUUUGAAGAGUGCAGGAGGUUCGUGGAGCAGAACGAAGCCAACUGCCUUCUCCAGGCGCGGAGCAGCAUCCUGCUUGGACUGUAUUCGUCCCUGGCUCUUUGGUUUGCAAGGCUUGGGCAGUGGGACAACUUCCAGAAGCCCUUUGAAAAGGCCAAGAGGCUGCUGAAGAGCACUGGCGCCUGCCUUGUGGCCAGCCAAGCGUGCAGCCGGCUCCUGGAGUGCCAUAGCCUGGUGCUGAAAAAGGACAUGGAGCAGGGCUCGUGGAGGGCCCGUGAGAGCUGCCGCAGGGCUCUAAGGCUCGCCGAAGAGGUUUUCUCUCGGUGCUCCACAAGCCCCAUCUUCUACCCCAGAGUCUACCACCUGAAAGCCUACAUUUUCCUGAUGCUGGGGAAUGAAGAGCAGAGCCUGCUGUGCCUCAACCAGGGCCUCCAAGCCUGUGAAGACCAUGGCAACCUGCUGGAGAAGACUUGGCUGGAGAUGAGCACUGAGUGCUGGUUCACUGGAAAAGGCCCCCUGGGAGAUUUGUGGCUGAAGACAGCCCCGCAUUUUCCACACCUGAACCAAGCAAAGCCAGAGGUCGGUAGCUCCAGGUACCUGCUGAAGCUGCCAGCACUGCAAAGGGAGGAUUCUUCUCCAGGAAUUAAAUUCUGA